GACACGUUUUCUCCUCAGAUUGACAGUGUAGUCUAGAACGUAAAGAUCGGAGACAGGUGGAAAAUUAAGUAUGAAUUAAUAAUAAGAUAGACUAUCCAUUGUUUUCUAUAAAAACUAGAUAUUGUGUUUCAAAAAAUAAUAUUUCUAAUUGAGCAAUUAGUUGUUUUAUCACGAAUUAUUAGGCCUAGAGCAUCGGAGGAUAACGGUUUAUUAUUAAGUCGAUGGUUUUACCAAAGUAACUAUAAAAUCUUUCUUAUCCUUAUUCAUUUAUUAAUGACCAAAAGAAAAGCAAAAACUGCAUAUCAGUAAAAUAUUGAUAUUCAUUACUACAAGUUUCUCUCCGUGGGCAAGCAUGUGAUGGCAUUGAUGCGUGACAAAAUUUCUGACAUUACCCCCUAAGCGCCCCUCGGAAGUUGACAAAGUUGCGCGUUCUGACACUAUCCCAGUACCCGCCAUUCCCCGCAGGAAACUCACGGCCUUUGUUUACAUUUUCAUCCGGCAUGUGAACAUGUGUGUGCCUACAUGAGAAAACAGUUGUUAUUGAUGAAUGAGGUGGUCCUGCGAAUUUAACAGCCUGACCAGAAAAUAGAGGAAACUUACAAACAACAAACAUGAUCAGUGGAUUAUUAGGAGGUUUUGGGAAGUGGUCAAGGCUGACCGGAAGUUCAGACGAUGAUUGGAUUGACCGACUCAACCAUAUAUGGACAGUAGUGAUGUUGUCCCUUUUCGCGGUCAUUGUAAGUUCAGGUCAGUAUGUUGGUGACCCAAUUCAGUGCUGGUGUCCAGCCGAGUUCUCUGGUUCAAGAGUAUCAUACACAAAAUCCGUUUGUUGGAUUUCAAACACAUAUUACAUUCCGGAUGAAAAUGAGUUACCGAGGGACGGUAAGACACGCCAAGAUGCAGAGAUAACAUAUUAUCAGUGGGUUCCUCUGAUAUUCCUCAUCCAGGCCCUUAUGUUCAAACUACCAAAUAUAGCCUGGCAUAUGCUGAACGGAUACUCUGGGAUUAGUCUAGAAAAAAUCACAACCAUGGCAGAGGAUACCAUGCUUGCUUCGCCAGAAAAACGCAAUGAAAAAAUCAUGUAUAUCGCCAAGUAUAUGAAUCGAUGGAUUGAAACGCACCGUGACUGGCACUAUAAUUUCUUCGUGCGUAUGAGACAAAAAUUCUCAAACAUUCUAUGUUUCUGCAUUGGGAAGAGGGACGGCACAUAUCUGACAGGAUUUUACUUGUUCGUCAAGGUGCUUUACUGUGUUAACGUCGUCGGCCAGUUUUUCUUGCUCAACGAAUUCUUGUCAAUGAACUAUAAUGUGUUUGGUAUUGAUGUAAUCAACUUCCUGUUGGCUAAUGGUGAGUGGAAGGCAUCGCCACGCUUUCCUCGUGUCACACUUUGUGAUCUUCAGAUUCGUCAACUCAACAAUCUACAAACGUUUACUGUUCAGUGUGUUUUGCCAAUCAACUUGUUCAAUGAAAAGUUGUUCAUCUUCCUGUGGUUCUGGCUUUUAUUUGUCACAGUUUUAACUUUCAUUAACUUUUCCACCUGGGUAUAUUAUAUAGUCUUUAGUGAGAAUAAAAUUCGCUAUGUAAGAAAAUACCUCACAAUUCUCGGACAGCUGGAGACAGGUUUUGACAAAAAGGUGUCUCGUAAAUUUGCUGCGGAAUAUUUACGCGGAGAUGGUGUGUUUGUUCUGCGAGUUGUGGGUAAAAAUUCAUCAGAUAUGGUGUUAACAGAUUUGGUUCAACAUCUCUGGAAGGUUUUCAAGGAGGAGCACUGUAAGCUGCCAAAAAAGGAUGACCGAGUUGUUUCCGAUCAUGAACCGACGGAAAAAGAUACGAUGAACGGAGACGUGAUUCACACGAAGGAAAACAACUAUAAUGUAUGAUCAUGAUGAACUUCCAACCUUUAAUACUCGGAAAAUCUCUAGAGAUAUAUUGAGUUUUCCAAAUAUUGUUUGUUAUAUUAAGCAUUUAAGCAUUUAAUAUUAAUGUUAUCGGCUAUAUACCAUGUGGGAUAAACAAAUUCCACGUGUUGCUGGACUUUAAAUUAAUUGGGCUACAGGUCCAAUGUUUAUCAUAGCUACUUAUACCACUAGGGGAGUGGUAACAUAUUUGACUAAUGAUUUUAUAUGAGUGCACCAUCAACGCAAGAAGCCCAGGCUAAUAAUGUUAGGGUUAGGCCUACAACAAUAAUACAUGUAUGUUUCCGCUAACAUGCCAGAAAAAAAUAUGGAAGGUAGGUGGAGAAAUAUUUUUAGAGUAGAUUUUACUAAGGUUUAUAUAUAUAUAGCAAUCUUGACUUAAAUAAUAGUUUUUACUUCAAAACAGCAAAAAAAAAACAACAACAAAAAACUGCAUGAUAGACACAAAAAUUUAAGGUUGGUAACUAUAGCUAUAUAGGGUAAGCAGAAAUGAAAGACACCAUGUAUUUUUUUAGGCUUUACAAAAAAAGGUAAAGAUUUUUUUUAGAAAACUAUAUAUAUUGAUUAAAGGCUACAGUAUUUCUUUAUGUGCUCUUGAUCUCAUUUGUUUCUUUUAAAAAAACGUAAUUCAUGGCUAUAAAAGUACCCAUCUGUUUUCUUAGAAAAAAGGUAUGGACAUACACUUGUAUGAUAUUGGAGCUUGGAAAAUGCAAUGGGCUUGUGAAUUUUGACAGAAUAUAAACUUUCUUAUGCUUUUAAAAUCCAGUCGCAUUUUACUUCCGGCGGAAGCUUUAGGCUGGAAUCGCUUUCCACACCAAUAUCACAUUAAAAAC